CUCAACGAAAUAAAUGAUAAUAGAUUUCUAGUUGAUUACAUACUAUGGCGUGUCGUCCAUAACAAACUGUCCUAUUUGGACGAAUCGUGGCAUAAAAUUGGAUCAUCCCGUAGUGAUAUGUGUUUGGAAAAUGCAAAAAAAUUACUACCAAUGGCAAUGUCUCAUCUAUAUGUCAAACAUUUUUUCAAAACAGAUAAUAAACAAAAUGCACACAAAAUGUUUAACAAUAUUGUUAAAGAAUUCAGAAGUAAUCUACAGUUGAAUAAAUGGAUGAAAAAGGAGACACUGGAGGAGGCAUUGAAAAAGUUAGAUAAUUUAAAAAUAAUCGUCGGAUAUCCAGAUCAGCUCAUGGAUGAGUCAAAUUUAGCCGACUAUUAUCAUACGUUAACAAUUAAUAAUUCAGACGACUAUUUUGGUAAUAUUAAUCGUAUAAAUAUAUGGAAAAUGGAUUUAAAUUUUGGUAAAUUAAGAAAAUCUGUCGACCCAUUAGAUUGGCGGGAAAUGGGUUCGGUAUUACGUGUCGACGCCGGUUAUUCUAUUGAAAAUAAUCGUGUUUUUGUAUUGGCCCCUAAUCUUCAGGGUGUCUUUUACAAUAAGGGCAGACCUAAUUAUAUGAACUACGGUGCCAUUGGCCACGUGUUUGGUCACGAAAUGAUACACGGUUUUGAUGAUCAGUGUCGACAGUUUGACUUCAGCGGUAAUUUGAGGAACUGGUGGGAUACGGAUACCGAUGCUUUGUUUAAACAAAAGGCCGAUUGUUUUGUCCAACAGUACAGCAAUUUUACUGUCAAUGAAAUCGCCAAAAAAGUCAACGGUUUCAAUACUCAAGGAGAAAACAUUGCCGAUAAUGGAGGUAUCAUUCAAUCAUAUAGAGCGUAUAAAAAAUAUGUAGCCAAAUGUGGACCCGAACCAAGACUACCGGCGCUUAACUAUACUUCCGAACAGUUGUUUUAUAUCAGUUCGGCUGUUCAGUGGUGCUCUAAAUCAACAAAUGAACAAUUAUUCAAAAAAUUGUUAAUCGAUGUUCACACUCCCCAUAGGCAGAGAGUCAAUGGUUAUAUUUCCAAUUCAGUGGAGUUUUCAAAUGUUUUUAACUGUCCAUUGGGUUCACCAAUGAAUCCAUUGAAUAAAUGUAAAAUUUGGUAA